UGGAUACCGAGCCAGCGGAUCGACAACCUCUGCCUCAGAGGCAUCCUUCGAGUGGUUCAUGACUGUCGCCGCUUCCGAGAAUUGUGUACGAACACGGUGUAGGCUUGAUGCACAGUCCGGAUUUCACUGUGACGAUUGGGAGCAGGGGCACGCCGAGUGUGCAUGUAUGAGGAGAAUCCUACUGCCGCUACCUCAGCCUCAAGCUCAGAUUCUAGCAGUGACAGUGAAUGCUAGCGAGAGAGGUAUAAGGGAAUUGUGCUCGUGUUGAGGCAGUCGGCUGCAGCAAGUCGAGGGCCACGGUGGCGGGAAGACAUCCUCCAACCAAGACGACAAAACACUCCGAUGAUCAUGCCUCCCAAGUUACCUCGAAGAGCAUCCACUUCGACAAAAGAUGCACUUGCUGCAUCCAAAGCAGUGCAGAACGCGUCGAUGCCGCCGCCGCCAGACCCCCUGCCGCCGUUAGGAAUUAUGGAGGCAGAAGCGAACACAUUGUCAUUGUCUCUACGAAACGCCACGGUCAAGAUAGGCCAGGUGUAUGAGUUUUACGCGGAUGCCCGAAAACUCGGGAUUCAGAAGUAUGCUCCCAGUCCGCCACGGUCGCUUACAGCUUCGUUAGGCCGAGAGAUUGAGAAGUACGACCAACUAUGUGAUGCAAUGGAAGCGCAUCUACACCGUGCUAUUGCAGUCCUGCAAAGGGACAUCAAGCGUGAAGAGCAGCGUUUGAAGGCGGAUGCGGAGGCUGCCGCAAAGGCCGCAGCCCCUGUGCUUCCUGAAGCAUCUUUCACCACAACUCCGCCCGCCUCCCCGACGUUGUCUACGUUGUAUACUGGGGCUUCCGCGGAAGCAUCAACCUCAAAACCUGCUCUCCCGCUACCUGCUCGCCGCCAGUCGACUGUCUCCCUGUCAUCUCUGCAACGCCCUCCCUUCCCGCACAAAUUAGAUCUCUCUUCAGCUGCAUUGCGCAUGAAUCCUGAGGAAGGACUUAUGAGCGGGCUCUCCUCGCCAGUGACACUCGCGCCCAAAUCUUCGCAUAAGUCGAUGUCACAAGAUAUGCUCUUGGGGUUAGACGAUGGCACUGAUGGUCCCAUCCACAUUGACCUUACGCAAGUGGGCGAUCUCGAGAUGAAUCUGCAGAGAGCAGCGGCAUCAUCCGUAGCAGGGAUGGAUUCAUCGUUAGGCAAUUCCGCUGACAAGCCCAUCGAACUAGAUCUGGACAUGGACGUGGACCUCUUCCACGAAGGUGCCAAUAACUCGGCCAAUACUCAGGGGGAGCACUUGUUUCAUGAGGCGUCUGCACCGGCUAUGGAUGAUAUCCAUGGUCAGAGCCUCUCGCUGGACGUCAAACCCAAAAUAGAAGACGAUAUCUUUAUGAAUGCUCUUCAAGCGGUGGAUUCUACAGGGGGAAGCGAUGAUAUCUUCGCUACUCUCGAAGGACCUUCGCUACCCGAUGCGUCAAUAGACGACCACGGCGCUCCGGGUAGUCAUCACGCGGUGAGCGAGAAUGCGGCGAAUGGCGCAUCAUCGUCUGCCUCUAUUCUGGCAAGUCUCAAUACUUCUUCCUCGCACUCUGUCAAUCAGCCUGCUCAGGACCAUGACGGCCGAUUCGACCUUCAAGGUAUCGACCUGUCCAACUUCCCAACCCUUAGCGCUGACCUCUUCCGUGACGACUCGGCCGAGCAUGGUUUGAACGAAUCCGACAUGGCGAACUUGUUCAGCAUAGGAACUGAAACUGGUGAUGCGGAAAAGGGUACCAGCGCUGCGUAGGCAUGGUGCUUUUGAAGUGAGCACAACAAGUAAUGCGUUUCGAUUUGCCAGUAGGGUGUGUGUACUUGAACAACAAUAGAUCGAA